GCGGCCGCUGGCAGUGACCGCUCCCAGCUCGAGCAACGGGCUUGGCCCGGCAGCGGGAGGCGGCCUUGGCCGGGGAAGUCGCAGCGCCGCCUGCCCUCCGCCAGGGGCGGGGCUGUAGCCUGGCCGCCCCUUUAUCUGCUGCCCUGGCGCCCGGGACGCCGCGGCUGCUGGCAGCUCGGCCCUGGCCAGAGUAGGGGACAGGAACCAGCCAAAUUUGCCUGACAUUCAUCAACCAGGCUCUGGACACCUGAUCCCAGCCAGCUUCACUCUUGCCUUGCUCUGUGAUCUUGGCUCCCUGCCCAAGCCCCAGCCAUAGCCAUGGCCAUGGCAGUAGCCCAGAGAUUCAGCCACCUGCUGUCCAGUCUGUGGCACGUUGGCCAGAAGCCCAUGCAGCCUGAGCCCAUGUUCACAGUGGACCGAGCUGAAGUGCCACCACUCUUCUGGAAACCUUACAUCUAUUCUGGCUACCGGCCACUUCAUCAGACCUGGCGCUUCUACUUCCGCACACUGUUCCAGCAGCACAACGAGGCGGUGAACGUGUGGACACACCUGCUGGCGGCUGUGGCGCUGCUGCUGCGGCUGGUCAUCUUUGUGGGGACCGUGGACUUCCAGGAAGACCCUCAUGCCCUGCCCCUCCUCAUCAUCAUCUUCACCUCCUUCACUUACCUCUCCUUCAGCGCCCUGGCUCACCUCCUGCAGGCCAAGUCUGAGUUCUGGCACUAUAGCUUCUUCUUCCUGGACUACGUGGGCGUGGCGGUGUACCAGUUUGGCAGUGCCUUGGCCCACUUCUACUAUGCUAUUGAGCCCACCUGGCACGCCCAGGUGCAGGCCAUUUUCUUGCCCACGGCUGCCUUCUUGGCCUGGCUUUCCUGCACCGGCUCCUGCUACAACAAGUACACCCAGAAGCCGGGCCUGCUGGGUCGCACUUGCCAAGAGGUGCCCUCAGCACUGGCCUAUGCCCUGGACAUUAGCCCUGUGGUGCACCGCAUCUUGGUGUCCCCUCACCCUGCCACUGAUGAUCCAGCUCUUCUCUACCACAAGUGCCAGGUGGUCUUCUUUCUGCUGGCUGCUGCUUUCUUCUCCACUGUCAUGCCUGAGCGCUGGUUUCCAGGCAGCUGCCACAUCUUCGGUCAGGGUCACCAAGUUUUCCAUGUCUUCUUGGUGCUGUGCACACUGGCUCAGCUGGAGGCCGUGACGCUGGACUAUAAGGCCCGGCGGCCCAUCUAUGAGCCUCUGCACACCCGCUGGCCCCACAACUUCUCUGGCCUCUUUUUGCUCACAGUGGGCAGCAGCAUCCUCACUGCCCUCUUUCUCAGCCAGCUGGUGCGGCGCAAACUCCAUCAGAAGACCAAGUGA